UACCAAUGGAGAUCAUCCUCGUCAUCAAAACACCGUAAUCAAAUCGAGUUCAUUUUGAGAUAUCAAUCCUAUUGAAAAUUGUCGAUGGCAAGUCUCCGCUUCUCAACUUUCGUACUCCCCCUUCUAGUGAGUGCUUUUAUAUGGAUGAGUUGUGAUUCUUUGAUCAUGACGAUAAAUGCAAGGCAUCUAUUGGAGACUCCAUCACCUAAGAUCCCUGAAGAGCUUCCAAAGCCAGAAAUACCCACUUUACCAAAUCCGGAGCUUCUUCCACUACCGAAGGUUGAGUUGCCUCCCUUGCCUCAUCUUCCACCCCUGGAAAAGCCUAAACUGCCUGAAUUGUCAAAGCCAGAGCUUCCCAAGUUGCCUGAAUUGCCAAACGUGCCGAAGUCCGAACUUCCCAAAUUUCCUGAGUUAUCGAACGUGCCUAAGCCUGAUCUCUUUAAGUUUCCUGAAAUUCCACAUGUGCCUAAACUCGAUCUUUCCAAGCAGUCUGAAGUUUCAAAUUUGCCAAAACCUGAACUCCCAAAGUUAACUACACUACCGAAUGUGCCUAAAUUUGAGCUCCCUAAGUUUCCUGAAUUACCAAAUGUACCUAAACCGGAACUCCCGAAAUUACCUGAAAUGCCACCACUUCCCAAGCCUGUUUUCCCUACUCUUCCAAAGGACAUACCCAUCCCUUCCUUCAACCCACCACACACAACUACCACUAAUCCUUGAAUAGCAUAUUCAACUUUCAUCUACUUAUAUACUUGAAUUAAAUAUAAAUUAUAUUGUUUUUCUUUUAAUUAUAAUUUCUAGUCAGUGUCUGCUAUGUAUGUUAUUCUUAUUCCGGUCGGCUUUGUGCCAAUAGUUAUUGGGUGUUGUUUUUUUUAGACAUAUAAUCAUUAUAUUAUGAAUAAAUAUAUAUUUUUUUGGCCAGUUUA